AUGCCGUCGAUCGGGAUGGGGACGGCGUGCGCCAGCUCCCCGGUGCCGCCGCCGACGGAGGUCAUCGUGGCCGCGUUGCUGGACGCCGUGGAGGCCGGGUACCGCCACUUCGACACGGCGGCGGUGUACAGAACGGAGGAGGAGGUGGGGAGAGCGGUGGCGGAGGCCGUGGAGAAGGGGCUCGUCGGGAGCCGCGACGAGUUCUUCAUCACGUCCAAGGUCUGGUGUGCUGAUUUGCAUGUCGAUUCCGUCGUCCCAGCACUCACCAACACUCUCCGGAGGCUGGGAAUGGAGUACGUGGACCUGUAUUUGAUCCACUGGCCAGUCAGCAUGAAAAAGAGCCCACUGGGGUUUGCCAAAGAAGACAUUGUCGAGUUCGACAUGAGAGGGACGUGGGCCGCAAUGGAAGACUGCUUCAGGCUUGGGCUCUGCAAAUCCAUUGGCGUCAGCAACUACGGCCCAGCCAAACUCCACCAAUUGCUUCAACAUGCAACCAUUCCUCCUGCCGUCAAUCAGGUGGAAAUGAACACAGGAUGGCAGCAGAAGGAAUUGGUGAAGCUAUGCAGAGAGAAAGGAAUUCAGGUGUGCGCGUGGUCGCCAUUGGGAGGAAACGGCGCCUCUUGGGGAUCUUUCUCAGUCAUGCACAGCCCCGUCCUCAAGGAAAUCGCCGACGCCAAAGGCAAGUCCGUCGCUCAGGUAGCGCUGAGGUGGAUAUACGAGCAAGGCGCGAUCCCGAUAGUGAAGAGCUUCAACAAGGAUAGGAUGAGGCAAAACCUGGACAUUUUCGACUGGGAACUAACCCAAGACGAGGUCUCCAGAAUCGAGCAGCGCAUCCCACAGCAGCGUGGCUUCUCUGGCGAGAUGUUCGUCUCCGAGACUGGGCCUUACAAGUCUGUCGACGAGCUUUGGGAUCAACCUUUUAAUCUCUCGUCGUAAUGAAAGGACGAUGAUUAACAGUCCACCCAUCUCGGGAUUGGAAUGUCAGCGACAGACAUCAGGUAUCAGAAGAAUCUAAACGGGCUACUUGGCCUGUGAGUAGCUGCUCUCUUCUACCAGGGAUUAUGAGAUUCCUGC